AUGUGCCAAGAGAAUGUGAUCGAGAUCUGGGCGCGGAGACAAAUGGUCCUGGAUGGAAUUAUGGGGAGGGCAGGUGGGUUGCGUCGAGGAUACUGUACGGUAGACACAUCCCCUCAUUCUCAUUUCAUUAUUGAUAACACUGAGGAUGAGAGUGGGCUGAGCUGA